CUUGUCCAAGAUGGCGGCGGCCGGUGGAGGGGGCCCUGUGCGGCUCCGGCUGCUCUUCGACUACCCGCCCCCCGGGAGCCCGGGCUGUUCGCUGUGCUGGCUGCUGCUGGAGCCCAGCCAAGUGCGCCUGGUCACCGACCUCAUCAGCCUAAUCCGGGAAAAGUUCGGCUUCAGCCGCCGGGCUCAGCUCAGCCUCUUCCUGGAGGGGGCGCUGCUGCCACCGACCGAGAGCGCGCGGCUGGUGCGGGACAACGACUCCCUCAGAGUUAAAUUGGAAGAGGUAGUUGCAGAUAGUUGUGAUGAGAUGGGUAACAGUAUCACUUAUUCAUCAAGAAAAGAGAGAAAAAGACACAGGCAAAAGUUGGAUGAAGAGGGAGAGUCUAAAAGUGAAGAUGACCGACACAGAAGGAAAAAGAAGAAGAAGAAACAGAACUCUGAACAUCUUUCUUAUAAGGAAGAGGACUCUGUAAAUGUUCAAGACUCUUGGAAAAAGUCCAAGAAAAGAAAAAGAAAAGAAGAGGUGAAUGGAAGAAAUGGUGUCACAGGAGGUAAGGAUGACAGUGGUCUUGAUGAGUCCAAAAAGCUUAAAAAAAAGUCAGAGGGGGAGAAAGAGCUGGAGACAGAAAGAAAAGAUGCUAAGCAGAGAAAGACAAGGGCAGUUAAAGGAAAGACUGUUUUAAAAAAGGCCAACAACAGUUUCCUUCUGAGUCCUAGUAAAAGCAGCACAGUAAAAAACAUUGCAGCACAGUCCAGCAAAAAGAGAGGGGGAAUUUCAGAUUGUGAUUCUUCCAGCACAUCAUCUGACAGUGAAAUGGAUAUGAAACAAAAUAAAUCCUCACAUAAACCUGUGGCAGCAACCCUACCCAGAGACAAAGCCCAACUUGCUGCAAAUUCUGCUAUAAACGCUGCUAGUAAAUUUACUGCAAAGUCUAAAGAUGAAAAUUCCCCUAAGACUGCAAUUAGUAAAAAAGCUAAACCCCAGUCCUCGAGUUCAGAUUCUGACUCUAGUAUGGAGGAGGAGCAAAGCAGUAACUCAAAGAGAAAUUUGCUGUCUAAAAAUCCACCAAUUGUGAACAUUAUGUCAAAGUCCCUCAAGGCAAAAACCUCCUCUUCAAAGUCUGAUAGUUCAGAUUCAGAGACAUUUGUUAUUAAAAAGCCCAUAGCAAAUGUUGGCUUCAAUAAAUCCUUAGUAAGAAAUGGUGAUAAACAGUUGCCAACUAGCAAUCAAGGACCAGCUGUAAACCCUAGCAGUUUUGGAAGGGGACUUGGAAGAGGAGAGGAUAAUGUCUUCUGGAGAGGAUAUAGGGGCCGUGGGUGUCGUGGAAUGAUCCGAGGCUGGGGCCGGGGUCGAAGCCGAGGAGAAAGCAAUAGUGUGUCUUUCAACUACAGCAGUGAAAGCCAGAAACAGCAGCAGUUAAAUGAAGCAGCAAAAAACACUUCGGUUGUUAUCCAGAAUCCAGUGGAAGUUCCAAAGAGGGACUAUAGUGUACUACCUCUAUUAGCUGCCCCUCCACAAGUAGGGGGGAAAAUUGCCUUUAAGCUUUUGGAAUUAACUGAAAAUUACACUCCUGAAGUAUCUGACUACAAGGAGGGAAAAAUAAUCAGUUGGAAUGCUGAUAACAAACAGCUAGAGCUUGAGAUUCUUUCAUCUUCAGCAGUGGUGAAAGAGCCAGGAAAGUUUGAUCUGGUGUACGAGUCUGCAGAUGGAGCUGAAGUGAUAGAAUAUGCUGUUUCUCAGGAUACGAAGAUAACUGAAAGCUGGGGUGCACUGAUUGAACCAAGACUGAUUGUUGAACCUUCUCCUACUAAUGAAUCGACCACCGAGAACGUGAAACUCUAAGAUGUGAACUCAUUUUCCAUAUGUGUAAAUAGUUGUAUGGACUCAGUGUUUUGUGAAGUACUUUCUUUUGGUUUUGAAGACAGCAAAUGCACUGGAUGUUUUUUAAUAAACAAUUUCAAAAUGAAACUGUGUAUAAGGAACUAUAAAUACAGUUUUUCAAAGGGAAUUUUGGUGUAUUUA